AUGGUAGACCAAGGAACGAAUUCUCUUUUGGAGUACGGUAUCCCUGAUACGACAACUGGACUCCUCUCUAGCAUUGUCAGGCCACCUGUCACUGCUCAGCACUUCGAAUUGAAACCACAGUUCAUUCAAUUCAUCUCUAAUGAUUCAUUUGCAGGCACACCACAUGAUUGCCCAGUAAGUCAUAUUGAUAGUUUCUUGGAGAAAUGUGAUACUAUGAAAAUGAAUGGUGUUACAAAUGAUGCUAUUAGACUUCGCCUUUUCCCUUUUUCACUAUGGGAUAGGGCGAAAGAAUGGUUGAGAGAUGAAGGCACUGGCUCGUUUGAUACAUGGGACAAGCUAGUGAAAGCUUUCCUGGUCAAGUUCUUGGGACAGGAAAAGACUGAAAGGCUAAGAAACGAACUAUAUACCUUCAGGCAAUCAGAUGAUGAGUCCCUGUAUGAAGCAUGGAGGAGAUUUAAGCGCUUACAGAGACAAUGCCCUCAUCACGGGGGUUCUCUCUUGACAAAGAACCCAACUGAGGUAAAGGAGCUGAUUGAGAAGAUGGCGGCCAAUGAUAAUUAUCAUCCAGGAGGUCGUCAGAACGUGAAAAAAGGAGGUAAGCUUGAUGUAGAUGCUUUGACUAUGUUAGCCAGUUCUGGCCACAUCGCACCUGAUUGCCCGCAGAACAUGAGUGAGAUGUCUAUUGAACAAGUCAAUGCUUUAUACUCCUCAAAUCCCAAAAAUCCCUAUGACCCCUACUCCAAUUCCUACAAUGAAGGUUGGAAACACCAUCCCAACUUCUCUUAUAAGAACACCCAAGCACAACAGAAUCCACCACCAUCGCCUCGACCCAACAACUACAACUCACCACCUGGCUUCCAACAAAGACCACCUAUGAACCAACAACCAACACAACUACUUCCCCAAAAAUCUAGCCUUGAGUUGAUGAUGGAGAGCUUCAUUACCACAACCAAUAGUGCCAUCCAACAGUUGCAAGCCCAGAGUAAGCUCAUGGAAAACCAAAUAAGUCAACUUUCACAACAGGUGAGUCAUUUAUUAACUCUUCAUGAUCAAGCGAAGGUUCAAAAAGAACAAUGCAAUGCUGUUUUCUUGAGAAGAGAUGAACCAUCUCCGAGGCAAAUAGAUGAGAAAGUGCACAGUGUGGAGUCAAAAAAGGAUGAAAAGGGUAAAGAUGCUCAAGGUCCCAAAUAUAUUGCUCCACCGGCUUAUGAGGAACCGAUGCCUUUCCCGCAAAGGUUAUCAAGGGUCGUGCUCGAUAGACAUUUUGGGAAAUACUGCGAAGCUCUUCAAAAGGUACACGACUCUACUCCUUUUUCCGAUCUUUUAAUUCAAAUGCCUCAAUUUGCGAAUUUUGUGAAGAAUAUCAAAGACCAACAUGAGGAUAAGGAAUUAGUAAAUAAGAAAGGCCCUACUCUCUUAUAUGAUAACCUACUACCUAAGCUGCAUGAUCCUGAUAGUUUCACUAUUCCCUAUACGAUAAACGAAAAAAUUUUCGACAAGGUUUUGUGCGAUUUAGGUGCUAGUGUUAACUUAAUGCCUUAUUCACUGUAUGAGAAUUUAGGUUUGCAAGGACUUAAACCUUCCCCUAUUUCUCUUCAAAUGGCUAAUAGGACCUCUAGACUCUCUAAGGGUGUGGUUGAAGAUGUAAUAGUUACGGUUGGUGAACUUGUUUUUCCUAUUGAUUUUGUCGUCAUGGAUAUGCAAGAAGAUCAUCAGAUCUCGAUUAUAUUUGGUUGUCCAUUUCUUGCCACAAGUCAAGCCCUAAUAGAUGUUCCUAAAGGACAAGUGACCAUUAGAGCCCAGGAUAAACAAGUCAUGUUUAAGCUCUUUAAUGAACAUAAUUCUAUAUUUGAUGGUGGUACUUGCUUAAGAAUCGAUGCUACUAACCCUUUGGUUGAUAAGUAUGUAUUCGACAGAAAUUUCGUGAGAAACGAGGAUAAAAUCCUACCCAAUGAUGUGUUUGGCCACAUGAAGUUGACUUAUUUUGAUCGAUUGCAAAGAAAAAGUAUUGUAACAACAAGGACUCCGCCACUGAAUUCUGUUUGGAAUAAGGAGAUGGUUCAUGAGAGAAUGAAGUUGGAGAGGAAGAAUUAUGGAUUAGGAACCAUGUUACCAAGGAUCCAAAUCCAAAGAGCUGCAGAAGAGCAAGAAAAUGUGCCAGAGAAAACAGAAAAGGAGCAUUUCAUGGAGGAAUUUAUUGAUUUGGCUAAAGCUCUAAGUGGGUAUUUGUCAAAGAUGGUAGAAAAACUCAAUCAUGCUAAAGAACUCUUCCCAAACAAUCUUCUUUCCAAAACAAUGGAAGAGUUCAUUGAGAAGAAGUUAAAGGAACCUUCAAUCUUGAGUCAAGAUGAAGAAGUGUUUGGGACUAAGUUUUUUUUAGGUGCAUUGGAUGAGGUUGAGAGAGAAUAUUCGAAGAGAAUAUCUUAA